AACACAUUUUAACCUACACCUAGGGUCAAAAGUAAGAUCUAAUCAAAUCAAAAUCAAAGUAUGGUCUAAUAAUGAUGAUGACCACAUUAUCAUUAUUAGUCUAUUUGAACAGCAUUAGGCCUUGACUGUCGACGUGUUAGCCAAGUGAAUAUGACCUCUGCCUUCGAUUCGGAGGGCGUAAGUCCGAAUCCAGUCUGGGGCAUGCACCUCCAACUGUUCAGUUAUAUGCAUUUUAAGAAAUUAAACAUCACGUGUUUCAAACGGUAAAGGAAAAACAUCGUACACCUGCAUACCAGAGAAUUUUCUUAUUUAUCUUCGUAGGUGAAGUCUGCCAAUGCCAGAGUGGCAGACUAGUAGCCUAACUCCUAACUCGUCUCAUUCUGAGAGGAGAUUCAUGCUCAACUGUGAGCCAAAUAUAUGGGUUGUUAAGGAUGAGGCCUAGACUGAAAGGGUUGACGUUAAUUUUGCAUCAAGUGACUUUAGUAUAGUAGAGUUAGUUGCAAGUAGGUACUAACGUUAUUUUAACGAAAUAGCUGUAAAUAAACAUCAUUUCAUUGAAGAACCAUCGUAGAUGUUCGUAAAAACAUUGAUUUUGUAGUGGCUCAUGUUUUCAGAUGCAUUGAGAUACACAAUCAAGUGCAAGUGGGAUAAAGCUUGUUUCUUCAAUUAUAAAUGUUUGUAUAGAAAGAAUAAAAAUUAUUGACGAUCAAUAAAAUUAGUUUAUUGGAAAUGUGUCACACACAAUACAUUUGGAUCACACACCUGAUGGUUCUAAAUAUUUUGGAUGCAUUAAGUACGUAGUUCAGUUCAAACCGUAGUCAUGUAAUUUAUGAUAUACAUCAGCAUGUUAUCACGACGUGUGCUUAUCAAUGACGAUACCACUGUAAUCAUCACAAGAGUACCUACUUACAACAAUCAUCAGCUCUUUUCGAUAACGGAGAUGAAUAUCGAUCUUGUGUUAGAUAAGUUCAUCUUGCUAUUUAUGAUAAAACCUUUUAUCGACAGCGCAUUUUUGAAGCUGCUUACGAAAGCGGCACUUGCACAGUAUUUCCCGUAAUCUCAUGGCUUUUUAAAAAUGAAACUAACUUUAAUUUAUGUUUUGUGUCUAGUGAUAAGUGUUUAUUGUAUAGAUUCUAAAGUAGAUCCGUUGGUAAUAAUAGGUCAAGGACUUGUUAGAGGCACGAAAUCAAGUGAUGGAAGUUAUUCGUCAUUUCUAGGAAUACCAUACGCUCUAGUGAACACCAGUAACCCUUUCGGUCCAGCAAUACCUCACACAGGAUUUGGAAUAAACGUGUUUAACGCUUACUACGGACAAGUUAAGUGUCCCCAAUUAACUAUACACGAUCCCAAUGUUUUGUCACUGGGAACUGAAGUAUUGGAUUGUCUACGCCUGAACAUUUAUUCACCAAUUGCUGCAAGCUCGCAAAAUCCUCUUCCAGUAUUAGUAUGGAUUCACGGUGGUAAUUUUGGUGUAGGCUUCGGUGGAGAAUUUGGACCAGAGAAAUUUGUGAAACAAAACAUCGUAGUAGUAACUGUAAAUUAUCGUUUGGGACCUUAUGGAUUUAUGUGUCUCGAUAUUCCCGCGGUACCAGGAAAUCAAGGAUUGAAAGAUCAGUUUGAAGCAUUACAAUGGAUUAGAAAGAAUAUUGGAUCGUUUGGUGGUAAUCCUUACAAUGUAACGAUAGCUGGCCAAGGAGCAGGUGCAUGUUCUGCCUUACUACAUUUAUAUUCAGACAAACAAAAAAUUUACCAUAAAGUUAUAGCACAAAGUGGGACUCCUCAAAAUGUUGGAGUGUUUGUCGAAGCUGAUGUGGAUGCAGCAACCAAACUUGCGGCACAUUUAGGUUUUAAUACAACUAGUAACGAAGAAGCAUUGACCUUCCUAACAGGAGCAUCUCACGAGUUGGUCACAGCGGCUGCGGUAGAACUAAAUUUGAAUUUGAAGCCUUGUAGGGAAAAAUCUUUUAGUGGAAUCGAUAAUUUCGUGGAGAAUUACCCACUUUCGUUGUCCAAUGAAAAGAAAGUUCGGAAUACACCAAUAUUGAUUGGCCAUACGAGUAAUGAAAACCUGAAGUUGUUGAGCACUUACGAUGAUGAUUAUUUUAAGGGUGAUCCAUUCGAUAACAAAAUAAGAAGUAAUUUUAAUUUAGAUGACGAUCAAUUGGACGAUGCUGUUAAAAUUGUAAAACGGUUUUAUAUUGGUGAUGAGUCUGUUUCAAAACUCCUGGAGCCCCAAUUGGAAAAGUUUGAAUCCGAUGUUGUUCAUAAUCAUCCCGUUCAAAGGACAAUUACAAAAUUGCUAAGUGAAAAUGCUAAUCCGAUUUACGAGUACGAAUUUAGAUUUUCUGACAAUGACGAAUUAGUCGGUGCAGCACAUUAUGAUGAGUUACCAUUUAUGUUCCAAAUGCUGAAUGCUGGAGUUGAAACGGACAAUAACAAGUUAAUAAUAAGUGAUCGAAUGACAACUAUGUGGGCAAAUUUCAUUAAAUUUGGAAAUCCCACACCGCAAACCAACGAUUUGCUGCCAAUUACGUGGAGCCCUGUAUCAGCUGAUGUCCGACCCUACAUCGUCAUUGACUCCGACAUUCAGCUCAAACGUAGGAUAAACCACGAGAGAAUGGCGUUCUGGGAUCUUUUCUACUCAUCUUUUGGAAAACACAAUAAAUUUAUGCGGAAGUGUAACUUAGUAAAUUCACCAAUAUUUAGUUGUUCCUCAAAAUAAUUUACGAGUAUUUAUAAUAAACUGACUGAUUAUUGUUGGACGUUUUAUUGACCUACUGACUGAGUCUGCUUGGAUUUAGACUAAAACAGGCACGAGACAUCAUGAGAGAUAUAAUAUUCUGUGCUCAAAAUAAUGAACACAUCCUCAACUGAUACAGGUUUACACAAUAAAUGUAAUCCACUUUAGCUUCUCCUUAGUAUUCUAGGUCGCUCUAACGGAUGAUGUUCAUCAAAUAAUUCCAAGUCGACGGAACAAAAGAUUUAGGACAACGAGACCUGUACCUCCCUCUAACUGUAAUCCAAUUUAACUUUAAUAUAGUGACAAAGCGAUAUCAGUUUCAAAAUACAAUUGACAAUGAGUCGUGUAGAUCCAAUCGAUGUGGUGUUGUGUAAAUGUUAUUCGACGCUUUCGGGGGAUGUACAAUUGAAUUGCAUUGCUUGGUUCUUAUCAUAUUACAUACAAGCAAUAUGAUAAGAACCAAGCAAUGGUGCCUCAAAUCAAAUUAUUGAUUCGUCAGCGUUUUUUUUCACAUUUGAAAUGUAGCGAAAUACUUGGAAUACGGUGUACAAUGACAUCUCCUAUCAUAAUUCUGAUUUACUGCUUGCAGAUCCUACAAAUGAUCGCAUUGUCAUUUUAAUUAGUUAAUUAAAAUUAAGUAUUGAAUUCAAUUCUACAUUACUACUUUGACAAACAAAAAAUGCAUACAGCCUAUCAAACCUUUCUAUUUGUUAAUCUCUCCCUUCGCCUUUAUCUUACUUGAUAUUGGUAGUCCAACAAGGAAGAAUCAGUAUAAACAACAGAUCGUUAUUAGGACUAAGAACAUCAAAGAAUUCUAGAUACUCUAUCGUUACAAAAGGUAACAAGAUUCCUCGUUAAUUCUACUGUUAAUUAUUGAAAAUUAGCUUAUUGUAUAUCCAUUUUGUCGUCCAAUCGCUUAUUAUUACUUAUAAAUAAAUUAGUACUUUCACUUGCGAUAAUGUUAGACAUUAGUUCCGCCAGAUUUUCACAAUUUUCUCCGACCCUUAGCGCGUGACUCGAGCCCGUUAGCAUUCAGAUCACUUUUUACAAAAGACUGUUAUUGUUUCAAGUGCGUACCUUUUUUGCUAGAUGACGAAUUGAAUAUCAUGAAGGUGAUGUCACCUUGUUGUAAUUCAAUUCGAAGUAAAUGAUGGAUUAUAGGCUUCAUCGCACUUCACAGAGUGUGAUGUUUGACGGAUUACGUUUUAUGUAGGUACGUUGCUUGUCAUGCGAAAAAAGUGAAAAUUUCAGUUUUCUUAUUUUCGUAAUUAUCUACGUUGUGAUGAAACGAAACGCGUGUGUGAGUAACGAAUCUAAUAAUUCAUACUUAAUUAGAAUUGCUGCAGAAAUCGUGUCAAUGCAGCUAACUGAAUAUUCUACAUAGUUAAUAUUUUAAAAUGUAAAAAACAAUAUCAAACAUUCAUGAAAUUGAUUACCUUAAUGAAGAACCGAAAGACUUUGACUUCAAACACAACUCGCUUAAAAUAAUAACUCAUGGUGGCAUAAUCAGGUAAAUCAUAGCAGAUACUUAAGUUAAAAGUGAAACAACAAAAUGUUCCAACAAAUCUUCAGCAAAAGUGAUUUAUUUAUGAACCGCUGAGUAAGUUCUUAGUUCAUACAAGCGAAGGUCAACAUAAUAUGGCAGAGCUAUAUUUAAGAUGCCUUAACCGGAUAAAUUUGCAUAUAGGAAUAACGGUGAGUACGGCUAAUCAGCCGGACGACACUGAUCUGGCGAACUUGAACGAACUUAAAACGGCACUUAAUUUACGUAAUGUAUUGUCGAAAUGGCAUUGAUAUGUAAAUUUUUGCAAAAUGCGUUUUCCUUUUUCAUAUAAAAGGUUAGCAGGUAUCUUGUGUGAAUCGUGCACAUAACGAUAUCCAGUUAAUCAAUUAGACUGUGGAAGAAUACUGAAAUUGGAAAUAAAUUGACCAAUUUAGUACCUAAGGCUAAAACCAGAGGCGGUACCUAAGAUGACCUAGAUCUAGAUCCAGGUUAUAAUGAAGUGACAUACAUAUACACAAAUAAUUAAUAAAUAUAAAAGAAUAAUUGAUUCCUGACUGUAAUUGACUGUUAGUCAAAGAAGGAUCUUAACUCAGAUGUUUAUUAAUGGUAUCAUAUUUAUGGUAGUACAGGAUUAUUUAUAGUAAGUAACUUAAAAUUCUUAAUAGAAUACAUAUUAAAACACAUCAAAAAUAAAUAGCUGUUAGUUAUUUAAAUGUUAUAGAGUUCAUUAUUGUUAA